CACUUUGGCUCAACUCAGCACCAUCAUGCAGUGUGAAAUCCAAGAAGAAAACUGCGAACAAUUUCUUGAAAUUUGUUUGAUGACAACCAUGCAGAUGUACGCUUGAGAAGAAGAUUAUAGCAGCGAGCAUUUAAUUGUUCUGGUUAAGAUCAUUGUGUUAGCCCUUGAUUGGAUUCUUACAAUGCAAAAGUGCAACUGAGCACUACGCCGAGACGACGCUGAGUUUGUAUUAUUUUUAGAUUCCACUUAGUAGUUAAGCAAAAUGCCUGUGGAAGUAAGCGAAGGUGCGGCAGCACCGAGGCAAAUGGUGGGAAUUAUUUAUCCGCCGCCAGAAGUGAGGAAUAUUGUGGACAAGACUGCAAACUUCGUAGCCAGAAAUGGGCCUGAGUUUGAGUCCCGUAUCCGUCAGAAUGAACAGAACAACGCCAAGUUCAACUUCUUAACACCCGGCGACCCCUACCAUGCGUACUACCAGCACAAGGUGAAGGAAUGCCGCGAGGGCCGUGGUGGUCCUGAGCCAACGAUUGCGUCUACUCCAAAGACAACAUUUGGUGCUGCCUCAUCAGCCACCCAACAGCAGAUGCUUAUCCAGGAACCCACCGUCCCUAAGGAGGCACCACCAGAGUUUGAUUUCAUGGCAAAUCCACCAUCUAUUUCGGCGCAUGACCUGGAUAUUGUACGGCUUACUGCCCAGUUUGUAGCUCGUAAUGGCCGCCAGUUCCUGACCACGCUCGCAGCCAAGGAACAGUUCAACUAUCAGUUUGAUUUCCUGCGGCCACAGCACAGUCUGUUCCACUACUUCACCAAGCUAGUGGAGCAAUACACCAAAGUUCUGCUUGCACCGAAAGAGGUCACGACAUCCCUACAGAAGGAGGCAGCAGAUAAGAAUGCGAUUCUCAACAAGGUCAAUCACCGCGUGGAGUGGACCAAGUAUCAGCAGCGGCAACAACAGCAACGUGACGAGGAGCUGGACAGGGAAAGAGCUGCCUUCGCUGCCAUUGACUGGCAUGACUUUGUUGUGGUGGAAACGAUCGUGUUCAAUGAAGACGAGAAAGGCGACUUACCGCCGCCUGUCACUCGCGAGCAGAUUGGCGCUCGCGUCAUUGCGACGCAGCGACACAAGGAGAUGCGCGAGCAGGGCAUCGAUAUUGCCGACGUCCUGGCGGCCAACGAAGAAGAAGAAGAACCCAUGGAGUCAGAGGAUCAGGAGAACGAGAAGCGAGAGCAGGCUGCCGUGGAUGACAGGGAUGAGAUGGCAAUGGACAUGGACGAUGAUGAAGAUGAGGGUGACGACGAUGAGCCGUCAAUGGACACUGGUGCUGAGAAGCGGGUGGAUGCUGCUGCUGUGGAGGUACCCGCUGGUGUCCAGGUGCGCCAGAACUACGACCCCAAGUCAAAGAAAAAGUUCGCACCGGUCAAGCCUAGCACAGAGAUGCUCGUUUCACCGCUCACUGGAGAGCUGAUUCCUGCUGAUCGGAUGGCAGACCAUAUGCGAUUCGGUCUGCUGGAUCCGAGAUGGAAGGAGCAGCGUGAUAAGAAUGAGGAGGCCAGGAAGAACCAGGAGGAAGCACUUGGUGGAACGAUCGAGGAGAAUCUCAAGAAGAUUGCCGAGCGUCGUACUGACAUCUUCGGUGUGGGCGGUGAAGAGGCACAGAUUGGACAGAAGAUCGGUGAAGAAGAGGAUAUCGGUGCUUCCAAGAAAGUCACGUGGGAUGGCCAUUCGGGAUCGCGUGAUAUGGUCAAGGAAUCGGCGCGCAAGGAAGUCUCUAAAAUGUCGCUCAGCGAGCAAAUGGCAGCCUCGCAGAAAGCGCGUGGAAUUCUACCGAGGGAGGAAGCGGAGCGGAUCGGUCCUCACCCAGGCCCGCCGCCGAUGCCGCCCGUACCGUUGUCGGCCACGCAGGCUCCGCCACUGCGUCCACCGUCCGGAUCAGUUCGCACGGUAGCACCGCCACCACCAGUGUCCAGCGCCGCGUCAAUGACCGGUGCCGUGCGACCUCCCGCACCUCCGGCAAUGCCUCUUAUUCGUCCCCCGGGUCCUCCUCUGAUGGCCAUGCCCCCACGCAUGCCCAUGGGUGCACGUCCCCCUCCCCCAAUGGGCGCCCCGCCCAUGCAGCGUCCCCCAAUGCCCAUGCCCGGUGGACCGCCUCCACCAGGUCCGCCCGGUCCGCCUAUGCAGCCUGGCAUGGCACCACCUCGACCAGCAGCGCCUCCACCACCAGGCAUGCCAGGACCUCCACCCGGUGGCCCGCCACCACCAGGUGUUGGAGACGAGCCGGCCAGCAAGCGGCGACCUGAUCCCGAAGACCAUCUUAUUCCCGAAGACCAGUUCAUUGCACAGCAUCCAGGUCCAGUAACGUUUGGUGUUGUAAUUCCGAACAGUUCUGAAAAAUCUGAAUGGCAGCUGAACGGCCAGACAGUACGAAUCUCUCUGCCAAUUACCGAUCCUGUAUCAGUCAUCAAGGCCAAGUUGUUCGAGGAGGUUGGUUUGCCAGCAGGAAAGCAGAAGCUGGUCAUGGGACCUAUGUUCGUGAAGGACUCGAACUCGUUAGGCUUCUACAACGUUACGCCAGCCACAGUGAUGCAGCUGCAGCUGAAGGAACGCGGCGGUCGCAAGAAGUGAGCGAAGUGUUUAGUGCGUCGAACGAUUUCCCGAGCCUCUCGGCGGUGCGUUACGCUUGCCCAGCUCUGCUGGUGCUUCAGCUCUUCUCUGCCUCUACUGCCUACUGGCGUUGCUGUGUGGCAAGUAACUGAUGUUUGGUACCUGCCACCACCGCCGCCACUGCUGCUUUCUCGGCUUGCUCGGCUUUCUCAGCUUGCUGCAGGUGUCUGCUUUCUCAGCUUGCUGCAGGUGUCUGCUUUCUCAGCUUGCUGCAGGUGCUGCAGGUGCUUCUUCCAUGUUGUGAUAUUAGAAUGCCUUUUAUCGCGUCGUCCUAUUCAGUUGAUUUCUCGGCGCAUGUUGUCUCCACAGUAGCUACUGUAACUUAUGUGCUCGCCCGUGUGUGUAUGUCCUUGCAAUACUGUUUAGACAGGCCUCAUUCGACAUACAUGUACAUGUGCAUGUUACGCACUGCCAUGGGGCGAUUAGCUACAGUGUAUGCUGGCCGUGUGCAUACAGCAUGCUUUUUGUGCCUUGCCCUGCACAUACUUUGAAGUACUAAGUUUUUUUUCCGGAUAUUAAACAUUGUGUUCUGCCAUGAA